AUGCUCAAAUCAAAACCUGAGAGAUAUGAAACAAAAGAUGUAACAACUAUCAAUGGAACAGCAAGAAAAGCCAUGCCAAUCUUUCAGAUGACCAUAGAAUCAUUAGACAAGAAAGCCAGAGAACAUAUUGAGGUUGCAGGGGUAGAAAUGCAUGAUUUCACAACAGUUAAAAGGCCAGAUUUAAGGAAAUUGAAACAGCAGUUUAGACACACCAAAGACAAAGAAUUCUACAUAACAGCAUCAGGGGAACAUAAAAUUCACAUGAUUAUUGGAGACAAAACAUACAGCAAACUGAGAACAGAGACAGUUUUCAAGGGGAAUGAUGAUGAACCAAUUGUAGAAAGCACAUCAUUUGGUUGGAUUAUUCAUGGAGGAGAAUUUUCUAGCACAAAUUGCAUGUUCACCAGAGAGCUUGGAAAUGAAUAUGAGAGAUUAUACAGCCUUGACAUACUUGGGGUUGAAGACAGGGGAGAAGAUGACCAAUUAGAUGUUUACAAAGAGUUCAAAGAGAACAUUUCCAGACAAAAUGAUGGAAGGUAUGAAGUUAAUGUUCCAUGGAUACCAGGAAGCAAUAUGGCAGAAACAAAUGAGAUGCAGAGCAGAAAGAGAUUGAAAAAUGUUGAGCGCAAACUGAGGCAUGAUGAAAAACUGCAGAAAGAAUACACAGAAAUUGUUGAGAAUCAGUUAAGAGAGGGAGUUGUGGAGAGAGUUCCAAGUGAACCAUCUGGAACAAGAAUAUUUUACAUGCCUCACAAACCAGUUGUAAGAGAGAGCGCUGCUACCACAAAGGUGAGAAUGGUAUUUGAUGCUAGUGCACGCCCAACGCCAACAACAAACAGCAUCAAUGAUUGCAUGUACAAGGGACCUGCGUUGCAGCCAAAUAUUUGGGACAUUAUGGUCAGAACAAGAAUGACACCAUAUCUGCUGCUAGGAGACAUACAAAAGGCAUUUUUACAAAUUGGAAUUAAAUCAGAGGAUAGAGAUGCAUUCAGAUUCCUAUUCACACUGAGUGGGAAGGAAGAACACCUAAGAUUUCUAAGGGUCCCUUUUGGGGGGGAAGCCAGCCCAUUUAUGUUGGGGGGAACCUUGCAGCACCAUUAUGAGGAAUUUACUAACACAGAGCUAGCCAGUACCCUAGAAAUGCUCAGAGAAAAUACAUAUGUAGACAAUCUGAUGUGUACAGGAAUGAGCAUUGAAGAGCUUCAAAGAUUUAAAGGAGAGGCAUCUGAAAUACUAGAGGAUGCAAAGUUUCAAAUUCAUAAAUGGGAAUCCAACAUAGAAAGCCUAGAAAGUGAAAAUAUGGAGAAUCCAAGCAAGAUUUUGGGGCAUGUUUGGAACAAGGAAGAAGAUACUUUGAUGGUACCCAUAAACAAAGGGGAAGAGGAUAAGGUCUCAAAGAACACUGUAUUGAGUCAAUUAGCCAGAAUUUAUGACCCCUUGGGAAUCAUUUCACCAACCCUAGUAGAAGGAAAGAGAAUCUUCAGGGAGGCCUGUGAUGAGAACAAGGGAGGGGAUGCUGAAGUUUCUGAACCCCUUAUGAAAGAUUAUUUGAAAUGGAUGAGACAGCUGAGAGAAUUAAAGAUACCAAGAACUUUAGUAAGAGAAAUAAGAGCAGUUGAUGCAGUGAAUUUACACAUAUUUGCAGAUGCAAGUGAAAAGGCAUGCUGUGCUGUGACAAUUGCAGUAGUGGAACAAGGAUCAAGCAAAGUAAAGGGCUUACUCACUUCAAAGUCAAGAAUUUCAAAGAGAAACACUUCGAUAGCCAGACUUGAGUUGGUUGGGGGGCAAAUGGCAGCAAACAUGGCCAAGAACAUUUGCAAAGCAUUGAAGAAUUGGCCAAUAACAUCAAUCAAUGUGUGGAUGGAUAGUAUGGUGGCCUUAUUUUGGAUAAACAAUCCAGGGAAACAAUGGAAAGCAUUUGUAGCGAACAGGGUGAGAAAGAUUACAGAGAUAGGGAAUGAAAUUGGAAUAGAGUGGAAAUACUGCCCAUCAAGUGAAAAUUUAGCAGUCGGUCGUCGCAGUCAGGGUGCGAACAUAGAGAAAAUGGUAGAAAAGAAGUGGUUUGAAGGGCCAGACUGGCUGCUAAAUGAAGAAGAAUGGCCAGAACAACCAGUGCUGAAGAGUUCAACAAGAAACUUGGAAGAACAAAGACCAAUUAAAGAGGCAAUCUUAUUCACAAACGAGACAGAGAGUGAUGAAUGGGAUAAGCUUUUAGAGCGUCAAAGCUAUUGGAGAACACUUAGAACCACAUCAUGGUGUUUGAGAUUUAUCAAAAAUUGUCUUGCCAAGAAGAGAAAGGAGAAGGUAACAAGAGGACCUCUGACCACAGAGGAAAUUAUGAGUGCAAGAGAUCAUUGGGUAGUAAGAGAAUAA